AUGUAUGUGCGCGGUGCGGGUCGUUCGUUCGUUGCGCGCGUACGGCGGCCGGCCGCGGCGACUCGCGCGCUACUGCAGCGCUCCGCCCGACUUCGCCCGAAUUCGCCCACGGCACCGCACCAUAUUAAUAGAACUCCUCUAACUCCGGAAAUAUUUCGCAUCAUUUCGCAUCGCGGCUGGUUAUCAAAGGUAGAGAACACGUUGCGCAAACAAAACACUGUGAUAACGGUCUCGAAAGGCACUAACUGGAUGGCGUUUCGAAUGAUAGGUAUAACGCAGAUACAUGUUUGGUGUGGCGGUGGGCGGAUGGGAGACCUUGCGGCAAGGACGUGCUUUUUCGUUGGUUAUUAG